CAUAUUGGAAUCGCGACCCAAACUCGGGGAGAAGUUUGGGGACAUAUACUUUAUCGAAACUAAUCCUGGAUGCACAAAAGAGGAAGCGUAUCGAUCCUUAAGUCUUGAACUUGAUAUCCUCCUUAAAAAUAUACCAAGAAGGAGUUAUCUUUUUACCAAGGCGACCGCCUUGAAAAAUGCUUUAGAGAAUAGUAACAAUGAUCCUGUAAAUGCUUUAUUAUGGGAAAAUAAUGGAAGGUUAUCAACGCUAGCCGUCACGGAUCGAAUAAAUAAGCGAGAAAUUCGAAGCGUUAUUAUACAAGAAGAAAUGGGGCGAUAUAAAUUUGAACAGGAAUAUAUAAGUCAUGCCGAACUAGUGAAGAUCUCGAAAUCAUUAACAAUGAUUACACUAGUGAGUCUAAUAUGGAUUUCAAACACCCCUUAUCAAAUUGUCAGUAACACAUACAACCCGGUAAUAUCAAUUGACGAAAAUAUACUAAGAAUGUCUGUUAUGAGUUUAGCCAAGCUAGAUGAAUCCAAGUACUUCGGAGAAUUUAUCCCACAUUUUAUAAAAUAUAGAGAAUCCCAGCAAAAUGAUCCAUUUUCUUACACGAUUGAUGAUGUAAUGGAUAUUCAAGGGGAAAGCGGGUUUUCUAAAUUUUUGUCAGUUUAUGAUUACAUAAAAUUAUUAUCGAAAAAACCAAAGAGGAAUGUUGAAUUGCCAGAAGGUUGGCGUGAUGUUAUUGAAGAGUAUUUUAAGGAAACGACCGAAAGUGGGUCGAUAAAAAGUAUAUCUGACUGGAUCCGUAUUACAGAAGAGUUGAGAGUUGUAAAAGACGAGGAUAAAGAGCUAAUAAAAAUCAAAAAAUAUUUGAAUCUGGUUAUGCAUCCAUUGAUCGAAUCGUUCUCAAAACCGGUCCCAGAUAUUAGUGCUCCAAACAGCAGUGAACAUCAUUAUUGGUCAGAAUUUGGACAUCGUUUUUUCUCAAGGGCAUUACAAGACUUUGUAGGCCUUGAUUGGAGGGCCAUGGAAGUUCCCGUACAGGCCUCGAAGUAUCGAAAAAAUCAUAGAUACAAUCAUAUAGAAAAAGCAGUUGAUAGAAAAUCUGCGAACUUGUUGGCGUGGAUGUGGAAAACGGGCGAAGAAAUUUUUGUUGGAGAACAAGCCGGACCCCCACUAAAUGGAGACAUGAAUUGCAAUAAUCGGUCGGUUUUCGGAAUAUUGGGUUAUCUCUUCGAAAUAAAAAUGCUUAUAAUGUGGAAAGAUGGAGUAUAUGUAUAUGAAGAAUAUGGAAGUUUAAACAUUGCUUCAAACCCAGAUAUGAUUUCAGAGAUGAAAUCAGGUAUACUAAGGUUAUUGGAAUUUAUGAUGAUCAUUAAAGCCGAAACGAAAAAUAACGUGACAACAGAAUAUGAUGCUGAUUCUGUACAGAUUUCGAAAAGAAA